AUGCUUCAAUUGCAAGCGGAGAAGAGUCAAGUGCAACGAAUUGCGGCCGUCUUGUUCGCCGUGCUGUCGUCUCGGCUUGAAUUGCAGCUAUCCGACACCGGCUCCGUCGUCGCCCACAUCCUCCUCGUCUUCACUUGCUCCGCGUGCCGCUUUAUCAGGUCUCGCGCUGGAAGAUUUGCGCUUCUACCACCAGUUUCUGCUGUCGGCUUUUCCAACACUGCCUUUAAAAGGCAAAGAUGUCUGGAUGGAUGCUGCCGCCAUGUCACACCAGGUGAGAUUCCCUCCUAUGACUAUCUUGCACAUGCUGUUCUAGGCCUCGGAGCUUCGCAUCUGUCACAACACGGCAACGUUGACUAUACGUCGCAAGCCUUGCAGCAUCGCGUCACUGCCAUGAAGCUUGUUAAUGAACAGCUUGAUCAUCCGCCAACAAAGCCUGCCGAUCAGGAUGCGCUGCUCGCGGCGGUGAUAUGCCUCGUUACCCAAUCGUCACUUAUGCCGGAUAGCAUGAUUGACUAUAUUACAACAACAAGAGGCGGCAACUUGGUCGCAUCCACCAUCAUUACAGACUAUGAAAAGUCCAUCUUCAAGUAUUUUACGCCCAUGGAACAUGAUCGAUCCCUAGAGAGGCUCAUUAGCGAGCAGCCAAGGAAUUUUGAAGCCAUCGAGGGCUUUCUAGCAUCCGCACGGCGAUUAAUGCCGUUGUGCCAGAAGCCUACCGAGAUCUCAUAUUGUGAAUGCAUGAUAAGAUGCAUCGAUAAUUUACGCACCUCUUGUCUAGACGCUUGGAGAGAGUUUGUCAUCUUAUUCAUCUUGCCGACUACUUUCAACAAUCAAGACUUUAUGGAGUUUGUUGAUUACGAAAACCACACAGGUCAUCUCCUGAUCAUCCACAUGUUCCUUUUGGACUAUGUGCUUGGCAAUGCCUGCCUCUCCAAAUCUGACGAGCCCGAAUAUCCCGGGAGGAAAUUCGUCAUCAUCAACUGGAUGAGGGAUUUGGCCCGCAGAUUACCGUCCCUUUAUGAAGAGUACACCGAAUGGCCACUGGAGUACUGCAGUGUUUUGGCUGAGAGAGAUGCGCGGUAUCUCCUCAGCCCGUGA